AUGCCUAUGGGUACGCCAGUCUGGAGUCAGUCGUCACUUACAUGUAUUGAAACACCACUUGGGCCUGCGCUGCCAGCGCACAUGGACUUUGUUUUGACAGCUGUACGACAGACCGCGGUCUUCUUGAAACGGCUGACAGGUACCUACACACCCGUGACAGCUUCGUUUAUGCCGCAAUGCUAUUCAUUUCAAACUUUGUACGUCGUACUUACAAUCAUGAUCGACAUGGACGGAUGGACGUGCAUUCAUCUCAAGCGUAAAUGUUCCGAGGAGGAUUUCGACAAAUUCGUCCAAUCUUACUGUCUCGCCUUAAGAAACACCAAGAAUGCGGGCGCCAACCAACACCCGUACCAAGGCUAUAUACAAUAUGCGCCAUGUCUGUUAGGAUGCGGGCCUAGAUCAGUUCCUUAUAAGCGAUACCAUGCGGCUUACCCCUUACGCUAA